AAAGCCAUAGAGUACCUCAACCAAUAUCAUAAAAUAGUUAAAGAAGUAGGAGAAAAACAUGUGAAGGGUGUUGCUUAUGGCAAUCUUGGCAAUGCCUAUCACAGUCUAGGUGAUUUAAAAAAGGCCAUAGAGUGCCACAACCUAUAUCUUAAAAACGUUAAAGAAGCAGGAGACAAGCAUGGGGACGGUGGUGCUUAUGGUAAUCUUGGCAAUGCUUAUGGCCGUCUCGGUGAUUUAAAAAAAGCCACAGAGUACCUCAACCUAUGUCAUAAAAUAGUUAAAGAAGUAGGAGACAAACAUGUGAAGGGUGUUGCCUAUGGCAAUCUUGGCAAUGCCCAUCACAGUCUAGGUGAUUUCAAAAAGGCCAUAGAGUGCCACAACCUAAAUCUUAAAAUAGUUAAAGAAGUAGGAGACAAGCAUGGAGAGGGUAACGCUUAUGGCAAUCUUGGCAAUGCUUAUGGCCGUCUCGGUGAUUUAAAAAAAGCCAUAGAGUACCACAACCUACAUCUUAAAAUAGUUAAAGAAGUAGGAGACAAGCAUGGGGAGGGUGGUGUUUAUGGCAAUCUUGGCAAUGCUUAUGGCCGUCUGGGUGAUUUCAAAAAAGCCAUAGAGUACCACAACCUACAUCUUAAAAUAGCUAAAGAAGUAAGAGACAAGCAUGGGGAGGGUGGUGCUUAUGGCAGUCUUGGCAAUGCCUAUUUUAGUCUGGGUGAUUUCAAAAAAGCCAUAGAGUAUCACAACCUACAUCUUAAAGUAGCUAAAGACGUAGGACACAAGGAUGGGGAGGCUGUUUCUUAUGGCAAUCUUGGCAAUGCUUAUCACAGUCUGGGUGAUUUCAAAAAAGCCAUAGAGUACAACACCCUACUUCUUAAAAUAGCAAAAGAAGUAGGACACAAGUAUGGGGAGGGUUGGGCUUUUGGCAAUCUUGGAUGUGCUUAUGACAGUCUGGGUGAUUCAAAAACAGCCAUAGACUACCACAACCUACAUCUUAAAAUAGCCAAAGAAAUAGGAGACAAGCAUGGGGAGGGUAACGCUUAUGGCAAUCUUGGCAAUGCUUAUCACAGUCUAGGUGAUUUCAAAAAAGCCGUAGAGUACCACAACCUACAUCUUAAAGUAGCUAAAGAAGUAGGAGACAAGCAUGGGGAGGGUGGUGCUUAUGGCAGUCUCGGAAAUGCUUAUAACAGUCUGGGUGAUUUCAAAAAAGCCAUAGAGUACCACAACCUACAUCUUAAAAUAGCUAAAAAAGUAGAGGACAAGCAUGGGGAGGGUAAAGCUUAUGGCAAUCUUGGCAAUGCUUAUCACUCUCUGGGUGAUUUCAGAAAAGCCAUAGAAUACCACAACCUACAUCUUAAAAUAGCUAAAGAAGUAGGAGACAAGCAUGGGGAGGGUAACGCUUAUGGCAAUCUUGGCAAUGCUUAUCACUGUCUUGGUGAUUUCAAAAAAGCCAAAGAGUACCAUAACCUACAUCUUAACGUAGCUAAAGAAGUAGGAGACAAACAUGGGGAGGGUACGGCUUCUGGCAAUCUUGGCAAUGCUUAUGGCCGUCUGGGUGAUUUCAAAAAAGCCAUAGAGUACCACGACCUACAUCUUAAAAUAGCUAAAAAAGUAGGAGACAAGCAUGGGGAGGGUGUUGCUCAUGGCAGUCUUGGCAAUGCUUAUCACCGUCUGGGUGAUUUAAAAAAAGCCAUAGAGUACCAAAACAUACAUCUUAAAAUAGCUAAAAAAGUAGGAGACAAGCAUGGGGAGAGUAACGCUUAUGGCAAUCUUGGCAGUGCUUAUGACAGUCUGGGUGAUUCAAAAACAGCCAUAAAGUACCACAACCUACAUCUUAAAAUAGCUAAAGAAGUAGGAGACAAGCAUGGGGAGGGUGGUGCUCAUGGCAAUCUUGGCAAUGCUUAUCACCGUCUGGGUGAUCUCAAAAAAGCCAUAGAGUACCACAACCUACAUCUUAAAAUAGCUAAAGAAGUAGGGGACAAGCAUGGGGAGGGUACCGCUUAUGGCAGUCUUGGGAAUUCUUUUGGCCGUCUGGGUGAUUUCAAAAAAGCCAUAGAGUACCACAACCUAUAUCUUAAAAUAGCUAAAGAAGUAGGGGACAAGCAUGAGGAGGGUAGCGUUUAUGGCAAUCUUGGCAAUGCUUAUCUCAGUCUGAGUGAUUUCAAAAAAGCCAUAGAGUACCACAACCUACAUCUUAAAAUAGCUAAAGAAGUAGGAGACAAGCAUGGGGAGGGUUGUGCUUAUGGCAAUCUUGGCAAUGCUUAUCACCGUCUGGGUGAUUUCAAAAUAGCCAUAGAUUACCACAACUUACAGCUUAAAAUAGCUAAAGAAGUAGGAGACAAGCAUGGGGAGAGUCGUGCUUAUUGCAAUCUUGGCAAUGCUUAUCACACUCUGGGUGAUUUCAAAAUAGCCAUAGAGUACCACAACUUACAUCUUAAAAUAGCUAAAGAAGUAGGAGACAGAUGCUCGGAGGCAGUGGCCUACUGUUCAUUAGGAUGCGUUUUUGAGUUGCGAGGUGGACUGCCAAAAGCCGUUGAACAUUACCAAGCUAGCAUAAACUUAUUCAAUUCCUUGAGAGUACUUCUAAAAUCUAAAGAUGAGUGGAAAGUUAAUUUUCGAAAUCAGCAUCAAAUGGCGUAUACGGGUUUGUGGAGAGUUCUCGUAGAACAAGGUAAUGUAGAUGAAGCCUUAUUUGUUGCUGAGAAAGGACGAGCUCAAGCUCUGACCGACCUCAUGGAAUCCAGUUUUUGUGGUGGAACAAGUCACUACAAGGGAGAAGAUGAAGAUUGCGCAGUUUUAAAAUACGUUCCAUCAAACACUGUCUUUCAGGCAGUGGACAAAGCUAACGUCAAUCUUUGGGUUGUGUCCGAAGGAAAACAAGUUCAGUUAAGACAAAGUAAACUCAAAGGUUUUGUUUCAGAGAAUAGUGAAUCUAGCCAGUCCUUUGAGUCGUUCAUGCUCGGUGUCUAUACACAUCUUGGUGUUCUUUCUAAUGCGAGAUGCGAGAAUCGAUCUUUAGAUGCUUUGAGGGAGGGCCCUUCAAAAGUGGAUGAGAAAACCAAAGAAGCCAACCCUCAACCUCACAUCCAACAAGACGGAUGCUUGAGCACUUUGUAUGAUAUCGUUAUGAAGCCGGUGGCUGACUUGAUUGAAGGGGAUGAGCUACUCAUUAUUCCUGAUGGACCCCUGUGGAUCGCUCCUUACGCUGCAUUGAAGGAUGGUAAUUCUAAAUACCUGUGUGAAUCGUUUACAAUCCGAGUCGCUCCAUCGUUAGCAAGUCUUAGACUCAUUGCCGAUUGCCCAGAUGAUUAUCACAGAAGCAGUGAUGCGUUACUUGUAGGAGAUCCCUGGGUAUCCGAGGUUACUAACAGCGAUGGAGAGAAAGUCCUCGAGCAGCUUCCGUGUGCUAAAGAAGAAGUAGAAAUGGUCGGAAAAAUUCUGAAUAUCACGCCAAUCACUGGCAGACAGGCCACGAAACGUGAGGUGUUGAAAAGACUCAGUUCCGUUUCCUUAGUUCACUUUGCGGCACACGGAUGUGCGGAAACUGGCGAAAUUGCUCUUACACCUGACUUAGAGCGAAUCUCUACUGUGCCUACGGAGAAGGAGAAUUACAUUUUAACGAUUCGAGAUGUGUUGAAUGUUCAACUUCGCGCCAAACUUGUUGUGCUCAGUUGCUGCCACAGUGGUCAGGGAGAGAUCAAGGCUGAAGGUGUGGUUGGCAUUGCGCGCGCUUUUAUGGGGGCUGGUGCUCGGUCUGUUGUGGUGUCCCUGUGGGCGAUUGAUGACGAGGCUACUCUCCAGUUCAUGAAAUGCUUUUAUCAACACCUUGCAGAAGGUAAACCCACAAGCAAGUCACUGAACCUGGCCAUGAAAAGCCUCAGAGAAUCAGAUGAGUUCCAUGACAUCAAAUACUGGGCGCCCUUUAUGCUGAUUGGAGAUGACCUCACGUUUGACCUGAUGGCAAAGGAAAAUUUGAAUAGAAAAUCAAAUAAAUGA